UUGACUCAAAUGAAUUAAGAAGAAGUAAAGGACAUGACAACAAAAUGAAUGAUAACAUAAAUUUCGGUUAAAAUUGUCCAUGCGCAUCCUUCUCCUUUUAUCUUAUUAUUAUAGUUACAUUAAACAAGAUCUUUGUCGAAACAAAAUCUGGUUGUUUUCAGACAAUACGCCUCCUUCUUUCAACGGCAGUUGUCCAAGAAAUAUAGUGGUUUCUGUUCCUAAAUGUUCGUCCAGUACUGUGGUCUCCUGGAAUGGACCAAUAGCAAGCGAUAACUCUGGUCACAUGACUUUAAGCUACCCAGCAGUACGUCCUCCAGCCAAUCUAAGUAUUGGUCUGCACUAUGUUCACUAUUCUGCAGCAGACGCCGAGGGAAACAGAGCGAACUGCAGCUUUGUGGUGCAAGUCAUAAGUAAAUAUACCUAUCAAUAAUGCCAUCUAUAUAAAUUAUCGCGAUGUAGUUGCUUAACUUGCUUAUGACUCCUGUUUUAUGCACAAAAGAGCUCGCCGCUCACACUGCUCCUUCAUGGAUCAUUCGGAUGGAAAGAUAAAUUUUCCUACAGCGGGUCACUGGCACGCUCAAACAAAAUAAUUAAAAAUUUCUUUGUGUGUAAGUGAUCGCCUGGCAACAGCAGUAUUACCUUUUGGGGAAAUGUGGGGAGGGAAGACAGGGAGGCGGGAUAUCGAGAGAAUAUGGGCAGUGGGGAUAAGGGAAGGGAGAGAGGAAAAAUUAGGAGGGGGAUAAAUUUACGCUACAAUCCUUAGUAUUUUGUAAUCUAUAAACGAGGGCUACAGGGAGGAAGCCAAGAAUAAAGGGGCUGGAGCUGAGAAUGUAAGGUACGAGAAGCGGGAGGUUUGGAUCCCCCUGCCCACCCCUCCCCCACUAAAAUGAAUUCCAUUGAGGCAUUGUACCAAUCUCAUACUUAUCUCCUUAGAUAUGCCAAAGAACUUAAUUGUUCGAUCUUCUUAAGACAUAGUGAUUGAUGGAGUGUCUUUAUAAAGUUCAAACUUCGUCAAAGAUCCUUUAAUGAAACACUCAAAAAGGCUGCUCUAAGGAACCUUAUACAACACUCAGUCGACAUCUUAUCAUUCCUCUCUGGACGAUGUUAGGUUCCACGUCUUUGCUACAUACAUCAGGAAAGUACCUGCUACAUGCAUAAGUUAUAUGUUUAAAGUAUUUUGUUUUUAUUUCCGCAGAAAGGUCGUGCCCUUUCCUUCAACCCCCAGUCUAUGGCACCAUAACGUCUCUUUCAUGUGGAUCCGCCUACGGUUCUCAGGCUAAUAUCGCCUGUAACGAGGGACAUCGACUGGUUGGGUCACGAGGGCGGUCAUGUGAAGCAAAUGGGACAUGGUCAGGCAAUAUAACUACUUGCAAAAGUAAGAAAACACAGCAUCUGACCUAUAACAACCUCUCCUCGUGGCGCGCGGGGUGUGAUGGGAAGGUGCAAAGCGAAGGAGAGAGUCUUCCCCUCUUCUCCUUUCCCAUCAACCCCUGUUCCCGUCGCGCGCGUCACGCGUAGGCGAUUGGGGAUGAGUCACACACUGCAUAUUCUUUGCUGUAAAAGCAACUCAUGCUUUACUUUGUCAACUGACAAUGGUUCAGCUUUGAUGCAUUAUUUUACGCUGAUGAUAAGGCGCCGUUACGCAAGUUGAUCUUUUUGUAAAGGCAUUUGAACAGAAGCAACAAUUUUUUAUUUAUUUAUUUAUUUUUUAUUGUCAGUGAGUAUUCCAAGCGUUUAGACGAACCAUUAUAUAAAGUUGUUUUCCAACCCAUCUCCUCCUGGCCUCGCUGAGAACUGGUGGAGUAAACUGAUCUAAAAAACCCAGUCACAAUUAAAUUUCUGAUAGUACUCCUGAAACCGAUGCUUUCUUCCUGAUUGUUCAUGUUAUAUUCUCGCCCUUCCAUCUUUUUUUUUUUUUCAUACAGAAACUAAAAUUAAUGAAUAAAAUUAAGAAACACUUCUUUAGUCGAAUUCCCUUCUUUAGUUAGUCAGCUUCUUUCGUGUUACAAUAAACGGUCCAACAAACGCCAAACAGCAUGGUAAUGUUCUAUACAGUGAUUAAAAAUUAUUUCUUGGAAUUAUUUUUUAUUCAGUCGUUAAGUGCCCAUCUAUCAAAGUUCUCGCCAACGGAAAAAUCAGCCCCACUCCCUGCACUCUUUCUGAGGGAGUAAGUUAUAAGACACAGUGUAUUCUACAAUGUGAUGUCUUAAAUGGUUAUGGACUUGAUGGUCCCACGCAAGUAUCUUGCCUGGCAAACGGCUCCUGGAGUGGAAACAUUAGCAAUAUCAGCUGUAAAGGUAGGUACCAAAAAAUACUGUUGAACUAAAAUUACAUUUCCUUAAAUGUCGAGUCUUGGAGUUUCUCCUUUGCUUUACUGCUUGAUCCUCAAACUGUACUGGCACUAACUACUUAACGUACAUACACUUGAACAAACCUGUUUACCCAGUCUGUGAAAAUAGCUAUGUAUUUUUGCUUUAAUUUCUAAAUAAGUAACUAUAACAGCAAAAAGAAACAACUGUUCUUUCAACAGAUAUUCAACCUCCCAGCAUUCAAUGCCCACCUAACAUGGAGACUCCCACAGGAGCCGGGAAAUCAUACGCAAUAGUCACGUGGCAGGUUCCAGUCCCUACCGAUAACUCUAAAGGAUUCUUGAAUCUUAGUGGCGUACUUCCUCCACAGCGGAUGAAUGUUGGCACAAACUUAAUCAGAUACGAUGUCACUGAUCUAGAAGGGCUAAAAGGGGACUGUCAUUUCUCCAUUCGAGUUAAAGGUGAAAUUAGUUAAACAGAUUUUGUACCUGUUAGAUAAAAUUUGUGACACUACUGAAGACUACUGGUGCUGUUGUUUUCUUUUGUUGACACUUUGAAAACCAUACUGGUAUGAAAAAGUUAUCUCAAUAAAGAUUAUCAUAAUUUUUUGUCGGGGCUAUAAUAGAUGAAGUAAAACCCAGGCCUGUGGUCUAGUGGAGGGGGAUGGGAGGGAGGCUCAUAGGGGUCCAAACCCUUUUAAAUAUAUCUAAAGGUUUGACGAGAUUUUUUUUUUUCAAAAUGAUCACCAACUUUCAUAUUGUAGCUUAACAAUGAAACUUGCGUUGCGCGUUGCCUCUCACAAGACGUGACGAAAUAUGGACAAAAUUGUUUUUUAAAAACACUUUACGCAGGAGACUGGGUACUAAACGAGGGCACGUUGCAAGUCCUGCACGACAACAAGGGUCUACGUAAAGGAACCCAAUAUGGCAGACGUCACGUCAUGUGAAAACGUAACGUCAUGUUUGAUUAGCAAAAUUCUCUGGCUCCCGUCUUUGGGGUACUACUGCAGGGGUGAGUCGUUAAGAGUUGAUUAUAUUGUCUAAACGUUAUAUAUUUUUAUGAACAGAUCUCGAGCCGCCCAAGAUAGAUCCCUGUCCUGGUGAUACCAAGAUUAUAUCAACAGCCAGAUGGCACAAGCUCUUCCUGCCGUCAGUUAAUGUCACAGAUAACGUGGGUGUGGAGCUUUUCUCAACAAGUAUUCAAAAUGGAAGUGAGAUGACCUGGGGAGAGUAUAACGUUACUUACAAGGCAUUAGACAGGGCAGGAAAUGCUGCGUACUGUAGAUUUCUUUUCACUAUAGCUGGUAGGUUAUACUUUUUUCAGUAAUUUUUAAGAGGUUGGAUCUAUUUGAAGGCUAAAGAUCAGGUGGGAUGGGGAGGGGGUCGAUUUACGGAGAAAAAUCGGCUAUGUGUUUUUGGAUAACCUUGUUUCUAUUUUUAACCAAAAUAUAUAACUUUUCCCUCCUCGUUUCAAACCUGCACUGAAUUCCAUAACUACUCUAAACCUGACCUUAACAGCUCGUACACUCUGAUACAUGAUUCCACCUAUACUCGGCUUGCAAAUGAUUUGAAUUGCGUCCACAUUUAAGAAGUUCUUUAGUUAAUAAUGUUGCGUCUCUUUUGAGCUCUGCUUGGCCAAUUGUACACGUCGGUUCCAGUCCAGAGGGACGAGUCUUAUCCCGUUUAAUAUAAAAACAAUGUAAGUGCACUAAGGCUAGCGCUAAAUAAGCUUACUUUUUGGCGCCUCACAUCUACAUAUAUAGCUCACUCAAAAGAGAGAACAGUUAAGCCAUAACACUAGACUGCGAACAGUUUCUCGUUUUCUUCAGAUUUAGUGAGAGCAAUACACGCGCUGGAGCGGCGAAGCCGCGAGACGCGCGAACCCGUCUCGCGUCAUUAGUCACGGGCGUGGCCAUUUGCGUGUCUCGCGUUUUGCUCGACCGACUACAGAAAAAAGAGAGACUGCUCGUAGUCUACCAUAACACUUUUCUCUAAAACUAACGAAUGGUAUCAGUCAUAUCAUUAAUCAAUAAUUAUCAUUAUUUAUUAUCAAGAUUCACCAUGUGAAGAGCUUGCACCACCUAAGAAUGGAGCCAAAGCGUGUGAGACGUGGUUGGCUGGGCUUAUGUGUACGGUGCAUUGUAAUAACGGAUAUGGAUUUGCGAACCAACCACAUCCCGUAUAUUUCUGUAGUCCUACUACUGGAGAAUGGUUUCAUGAAAGGAACAACAAAGGGAAAAAACCAUCCCUCCCUGAUUGCUCAAGUAAGGAAAUGCAAUACGAGAGUCAACUUUCUUCAAUUUAAGAUGGACUUGACCGUUGUGAUCGGAGACUGGACAACAGCAGGGACCAACUUUAGGAGUACUUACCAUUUACAAUUAAAGGGAAACCGGAAAUUCCGAUCUCGUUGAAAAGUCUACUUGUGCCCACCAUUCCAUUUGGGAAGCUCCAGAAGAUAUUGGUUAUGUUUUGAUGCGAUGCAAUUUUUCUACUCUUUUUAGGGUUUUCAGCUGAUAUGGAUAUACUUUGUUGCGGAUCUUUUUCCCCCGAUGUAAAAUUUUAUAGUUUUAUGUUUAAGGUGGUUUUUGUAAAUGGUAAGCACCCCUAGUGUCUAUUUUAGAGAGAUGUUCGUCUGAUAGAAGAGUCCGUUAAGAAAUAGUUGACCUAAUUAAUCUUAACUGUAUCAAGAAAAGUGACCUGAAUUUGAGAACAGUACGGAUUUUUCUGUUUUGUUAUUUUUGGUCGUUUCUUGCCUUGUAAGGACAAAACCGAUCAACGUGAAGCAAUACCACCCUGCAACUUUAGUCUUAUCGCAAAGCAGAUAGGCUUAAUGCCUACAAAAAUUAAGGCCCCUAGCUUAAACGUAGUAUUUGCUUUCCAUAAAGGUGCCUUCGUUACAGGUAAGCAAUUAACAUCUGAAUAUCGGUUUACUCAACGAGGGUAACCAAGGACAUUCGAAUAGUUCUCGUUAUUGAUAAGCUAACGCAUGUCUUUGUUGGAAAAGAAACUUGACGUAUUGUGAUUGGACAGCUAAUGGUCACUUUGGUGCCCCACCUCAUUAAGUUUGUUGCGUCGUAACCUAUUAAUUUUUUUAAAUUCUUUUUCUCCAUAAUAGAGACACACAUACCCAAAAGUGCUUUCGUUAACGGUCAGUACCACUAUCUUACUGACAAUUGCGGCGGAGAAAACAUGAGAGAAGAGAUCGCAAGGAACUUCAUAGAACUUUUAAUGAGAACACCGUUUGGUCAAGCUGGAGCUUGUAGUGACGUCUCUCAGUGUAAUAUUCAAAACGUCGAGGUCGAAUGUGGCGUUACAACUCGUCGAAAAAGAGAUACGACUAGUAACCAGAAUACGACGACAAUUCCUUUGACUGUUAGCUUUUCGUUACAAAUUCCUGUAUCUGGUGGUCUCAACACAUCUGUGGAUAUAAAUCAGACAUACGUCCAAAUUUCGAAGGAAGUACUAACUGUUCUGAGCAAAGUCGAUAUGACUUUGAAUGUCAGUGGAAUGGUUAUACGUACAGAUCCCUCAAAACCUCCACAAUUUCAGCUCUCUCGUCUGGUUUGUGAAGAGGGGCAAGUACAGAGUGGAGUGAUGUGUGGUAAGGGCAUCAUGGUCCAAAUGAUAAGUCUUUUUCAAUUCAGUUACUCCGGCGACUACUGAGUUCUUUAUUAUCUUUCAGCCGUCAGUGGCUCAUAUUUACCGCCUCACGCAAAAUAUUUUCAACAUAUCCCAAAUUUUCGUCCCUAGAGUUCCCAAGAAAAUAUUAUCGAGAACUCCAAACUGGGAAGUGAUUCUGUCAAUAUAAUCGGUCCACAGUUACAAGUAGUUAAAGUUUUCCUAACGAAAAGAACGAAGGAACCACAUACUUUGACUUUAAUAAUAAGACGGGGAUUCUUUACGAAGCUUAAUUACCCAUAACAAACUUCAAGUAAAGUUUUAUUUUCUAGGAGAUAGGAAGCUCCUAAUUAGGCUAAGCUAGCGUCGAGUGUGUGUCGCUAUGUUUUAUGGUCGAAGUAAGUAAAAAUGACAUUGACUUUCUUUAUCUUAAAAACUAGUUAACUGCCCUAUUGGAUACUUUUUCGAUGGCACAAGCUGUCAAGCAUGCGCAGUAAACCAAUAUCAGGAUCAAGAGGCUCAGAAUUCCUGUAAAUCAUGUCCCGCUGGAACAUCAACUUCCGGUCAGCAAGCAUCAAAGAAAUUGCAAGACUGCCAAGGUGGGAUUACGUUUGAAGCUGUAUUUGGUCUUAUCGUAAAGUGAGAUUACCUUAACUAAAAUAGUAUUAAGUCAGUUUUUAACGUGAAUAAGUGAGGGUGAUUGAUUGAAUUAACUCUUAACCAGUCAUCACGUGUCGACAAAUCCAUCUGGAAAAGAUGGUUGUCUGCGCAUUUUUGUACAGUACAUUCAGAGUGCCACAGGAAGGUUAAAGAGUUUAUUUGCAAAUUAAGGGUCAGUAGUGUUAGCGUCAAUUAAAGAUUCUCGUUUAUUUUCUCUCUUCUCAGAUCAACCCAAGGGAAGCUCCAAAAAGCAAAGCGUACUUUUCAACCCAGUGGUCAUUGCUCUAAUAGCUGGUGGAUCAGUUGUGGUUAUUGUACUGGUACUUUGCGGAGUUUUCAUGAUGUAAGUUGACAGAUAAAAUUUAUUUCACACUCUCUCCUUCUUAGUGAAUAUAGCGGACAAUUUUAAGACAUUAAGUCUUACACAUUUCAAGCCUUGUAGCACCCAACUAGUACCAUUGAUUGAUCCUUUUUUACACUGAUAAUUUAAGGUGGCAAGAGGAAAGGAAAAGUGGUAGCUAACGGUUCUAUUGUUCGUGAAAGAGUUUUGUUAGUUCGAAAAUAUAAAAAUGCUAGAGGAAAAGAAGAUUGUUUAAAGUAAUAAUAAUAAUAAUGAUAAUAAAAUUAAAUAAAGAAACUUUAUUCAUAGAUUCAAAAAAAUAGACUAUUUACAGAUUCAAGAAUAUGAAUAUUAAAAUAUAUACCCUAUGUACAUUCUUCUUGUGUACGAAAGAGAAUUGUCGUAAAAUGACUAUCUAAAAACUACUAAUAAUUAUAAAAAGCAUCAAAAAGUUAAUAAAAAAAAUAAAACUAUCUAAAAAUAAUUCAAACUGAUAAAAAGUUACUACUUAAAUUCUGGCUUGCGCACUUUCCGAUGUAAUGUCAAUGUCAGAUAUAUUGACUGCUCUUCUCUUGUAAUAAUAAUAAUAAUAUUAAUAAUAAUAAUAAUAAUAGUAAUAAUAAUGAUGAUGAUAAUGAUAAUAAAAAUAAACAGGUUUUUGUUUUUUUAGUUCAAUAACAAUUGAACGAGGUAAAAACAAAUAUGGCUGAGACAUCAGUUGACCACGUUACUGUACCCCGGUAGAGAAAAUAAGGACAAACGGGAAGUCACAAUUAAAAUAUACAUACAGCUUACAACUGAACUACAUACCUACAUACCCUGCAAUUCCCUCAUUCUCUAUUUUAUAGGAGGAAAAGACAACACUCAGGCUCGGAAAGUUGUCAAAAUGGAUUUUCUAAUGAAGCCUAUCUUGACUUGGACGAAUUAAGACUGCAAGUGGUUAUGCAGAGUUCUAAUGCAUAAGCUGUUGCAUUUUAUAGGAUAAUAGGGACUUUAAAUAAGAUGCCACGACGGUGACGGCAACGAGAACAUUGCUUAAGAAGUGAAUUUGCGUACUUUCAAUCUCCAUCGCGAUUGCGCAAACUCUUACUUUGGAAAAUGCAAGCGAACUCUUUUUGAACCGAAUUGGGUGGUGCAUCAUGUAAGCCCUCGCAAAAUGUACCGGACGAUAUUUACGUCAUGCUCAAAUGCGCAGAUUGUCCCGAGCAUAAUACAAGUUACACUUAGAGCCAGAUGAUCUGUUGAUCACUUACCUCUGCUACCUCGUACCUUGUUAUCUAAGUUACUUUGCUGCCUCUAUCACUUUGUUACUUCAGUUAUCUUGUUACCUGUGGUGCUUUAUUGCCUCUGUUGCUCUAUUAUCUCUGCUACUUUGUUAUUUCUAUUACCUUGUUACUUUGAUACUUUGUUACUUCUGCUACCUUGUUACUUCUGUUACCUUGUUUCCUCUGUUACUUCUCUGUUACCUUGUUACCUCUGUUUCCUUGUUUACCUCUGUUACUUUGUUGGCUAUGUUACUUUGUUACCUCUGUUACUUUGUUACUUCUGUUACCUUGUUACUUCUGUUUCCUUGUUACCUCUGUUACCUUGUUACUUCUGUUUCCUUGUUACUUCUGUUUCCUUGUUACCUCUGUUACCUUGUUACUUCUGUUUCCUUGUUACCUCUGUUACCUUGUUACUUCUGUUUCCUUGUUACUUCUGUUUCCUUGUUACCUCUGUUACCUUGUUACUUCUGUUUCCUUGUUACCUCUGUUACUUUGUUACUUCUGUUUCCUUGUUACUUCUGUUUCCUUGUUACCUCUGUUACCUUGUUACUUCUGUUUCCUUGUUACCUCUGUUACCUUGUUACCUCUGUUACCUUGUUACCCCUGUUACUUUGUUACUUAUGUCACCUCUGUUACUUUGUUAGUUAUGUCACCUCUGUUACUUUGUUACUUCUGUUUCCUUGUUACCUCUGUUUCCUUGUUACCUCUGUUACCUUGUUACUUCUGUUUCCUUGUUACCUCUGUUACCUUGUUACCCCUGUUACUUUGUUACUUAUGUCACCUCUGUUACUUUGUUAGUUAUGUCAUCUCUGUUACUUUGUUACUUCUGUUACCUUGUUACCUCUGUUACUUUGUUACCUCUGUUACCUUGUUACUUGCCUACCCAACGAAAGGCCCAAUUAAGACGCAUCCAAAAAUGAGUAGCUGACGCUCCAGAAUGUGGGUGUGCAGCUUCCAAAAAUGCUUAUAUGCAGAGUGAAUUGUGUAGCUAGUGUGCAUUUAAAACAUCAGAAAAGCCUACAGGGAGGAAUAUAGAGAGGUGCCACAGGAUAGGUGUCUGCAUGUGUCAAAUGUGCCACGCCCCAGCAUUUUUUUGUGAUGUUUGCAAUGUUUUCCUGUGUAUCCAAAAGGAGUGUAACUGUUGGCCAGUUCUCCCCAAAGGGAGAUGCUUUUGUGUGACGUGGUUAUGGGUUUGGUUCUGUCGAUAUUAAUUUAAUUUUAAUUAAUUUCUUCGUAUUUCUAAUUUUGUACCUUACACCUUAACUUCCCGUCAAUCCCGCUAUGCGUAUUUCCUUAAGAGCGCAGAUGUUUCUUUUGCCGCGUCAAAUAUAAAAUAUAGCCAUUAUUAUUAAAUAAAGCCAUUGUCGCUCAUUUUUUUCUAAGCUGUGUUUUUUAAUAGCUCUGUAGAGGUUGUGAAUUUAUAACCUUUAUUUUGGUAUCUCAUUCAUAUGUUUAUCUCUAGUACCUUGUCAGCUCCCUUUAUUGCUGACACUGUAGGGACCUCGAGGUAGUGUCCUCAUUAGCGAGAGUCCGUAAUAGCAAUAGUUUACUUCAGUCAAACGUCUGUAAUUUGUUUUUGCAGGGCAUUUAGCUGCUGUCCGUUUUGCCGGAAAGUCCGCAAGGCGAGAGUUGGCCCGGAUUUUGAGCUUUCAUAGGAAGGGUAUGAGGAUAUUUAACGGAUGUCAAGUAAAAAAAAUGUAAUUACAUUUUGGUGGAAUUUCUCAAAAACCUUUCCCUGAAUACAAUUUUCGCUCAGUGCGCAUAAACCCUAGUCUCCAGUCCUCGUUCUACAUUUCAAACGGCGCAAAAUGGUUGUUUGGAUCCAGGGCUUCGGCUUCAAAAAGACGGUGCUCUAAGGCUCCAGGUUAAUCUGGAUGGGCUGCAGUGCUCCCGAGUGCACGUUUGGAGGACUCCAGGCUUCACAAGGAAACAGCAAUAAUAAAAUUGUUGCUAAACGAUUACCAAAUAAAACCAAAAAUUUGCUACCUAAAUUUCUUUAUGCAUUUAUUCCAUUUUUGUUGUCGUUCUUCACAUUAGGGACUUUAAGAUCCAACGACGCGGACGGUAACGAGAACAUCAAAAAAAAAACAAUAGGUUUUAUUAGCAAAACAACAACUUUGCACGUGCACCAUGCUUUUUUGUACAUUUCUCUUCCCGUUUUUGCAUGACUACGACGUAAACAUGCCUAAUUUCGCGUUUUACCGAGGACGUAAACAAGCAACGAAGAAAUUUUAUUUCUCUUACUGUACUUGGAUAUGGUGCCUAGGAAUUCAACUCCAGGAGGGUUCGCCUACAUUUGACAAAGUAAGUGUGUAGGAAUAAUUGCGAUAUAGACUGAAAGAACGCAAAGUCACUUUUUAAGCUACGUUUUCAUUGCCGUCGCGUCGUUGGAUCUUAAAGUCCCUAUUAACAGUGUAAACAUCGGUCAAGAUAAAUAACCUGAAACGCAACUUCAAAUAGUUUCCCCCAAAUAUGGGCAAAAGUUAAGGAUACCCAAGCUCAUACUAUCCAUGAAACAAUGGAAUAAAUUGGAUAUAUCAUGAAAUCUUUGACUUUUCCAUUCUUGUUAUGCGCUCUAAUUUUUUUCCUCAAAGAUGCUCAGAAAGGCAAGGCUUGGAGGUUGCUAGAACCGCAAAUAGUUGUCUCACAUCGUUAAAGUUGCUCAAAAAGUUGCCGUGCACAAACGACACUGACCCACCCUCCUCCCCCUUUGGGACCAUGAGUGAGUGAAGGGAGGAAGAUCCUAGUAACAGGAAGAUCCUAGAAGGUGGAAUAACUUUACGUUGGGUUUACAUGCAGAACACGGGUACAGAAACGAUUUCCGCUUUCCGUUUUCGUCUUUAUUGACUUUUUAGUUGUCUCUGCUUUACAAGACGUCGGUGGCUAUGCGAUUUCCAGCCAAAAUAACCUCGAGUUGCAUUUGGGUUGCCAUGCCUGUUAAUUGAGUUAUUUUACAUUGGUAUGCCUGUGGUGAGGACGGACGGUCGCUCGGGCUUUCGGUGUAUGGUCACUUGAUUACCAAAUUUUCUCGAAAGUUAGAUUAGUUCAUUUUCUUACCCAUGGUGUUCCGCUGGCGCGUUUCGCGCGCUAGAGCUCCGCUAUGAACAGGGAACGUCUUGAAACGCAGCUUACUAUUUUGAAAAGGCAUGCUCGAGAAAGUGCCAUAGUCUCUCAUCCAUAAUAGAAUUUCUUAAUGCAAAUGGCCCUGCUUCAUUCAUUGAGACUGCAACAGUUUUAUUGAAACUGAUAUUAGUUGUGCCUGCCACAAAAUGCUUUGAGUGAAAGGCCUUUCAGUGCCUAAAAAAGGAUCAAGAAUUACCCUAGGUCUAGCAUGGCGCAAAAAACGGAUGAAUAAUUUUCGCGCUGAUGUCGGUAUACAAGGAAGAGCGAACAAAUUGAUGUUGCUUAUUGAUGUUGAUAACGACUUUCACACUGAAAACUCUCGCAGGUUGUCAAAAUUUGGACCCUUUCAGAAGUCGACCUACGUUGAACAUUUAGCUAAUUAAUUAGUACUGAUGGAAACCACUUUAUUUUCAACUACGGUGGUCAUACUGGUUUAUAUAAAUUCCAUGGCCUCCACUGUCACAGUAAUCUAGUAAUUUUGAGUGGAUACUUGGUGCGCGGAUACCGGUCCCUUUUUUUCUAUCAUCUGGUACAGCCCUGUCUAUAACAUCUGUACUACACACGGCUAAUUGUCGUCAUUUCAGUCUAGGUAUUCAAAUGUUACAUAGCAGUUUAUAUUUUUUUUACUAUACAUUGCUUGAAGAUAGCUUGAAAGUGGAGAUAAACUAUAUCUAAAAGUGCUAAAUAAAUGGCCCAGUCUGCAUUAGAGCGAAACCCCGACAUCCGCUUUAUACGGGCACCCCGUUAAUACGGACACUUUCUAUAUAUUGCCCCCUCGGUGUCCGUAGUAAUGGGGUUUAACUGGUUAGACUUUCAAGAUUUGGCAGGGGUGAAGGGGUGUCGGCCCACAACAGUCGUGCCGUCUCACUUUCAACUUCAAUCCUACGGGUCUGAAUUUUUAUGAUUGUAAAGCGGAUUUGAUCAUAUGUCAUAUGUAAAUUUUCCCUAUUUUUGUCGUCAAAUUGGGAGCCUAAGAAAUAACGGAAUUACGUCUCGAUCCAAU